GCCACGCACAAUGGGAUACCUGGUGACGAACGUCCUUAGCUGUUGCCACACCAGCGUAGAAGCCACUAUUAGUAAUACGGGUCGAGUUAGGGAACACCCAUCGUUCAACAAAACAACAAUAGAGCAAGACAUGCUGGCCAAAUAAAUGCAAUGGCCAACGAUUGGCGCAGUUCAAACGACAACAUGCGCUGCACAUUGUGUGGACUUGGAAUAAUAUUGCUGAUAUGCUUUUUAGCGAGCAGCACGCGAGCAGAUCACAAGGAUGAGAAGGAGGAGGAGGAACAGGAUGGCAAAAUAGUCAAUGGCACUUUGGCAGCAAAUGGCGAGUUUCCCUAUGCAGUGUCGCUGCGUCGUGCCAAAAGUGGCCACCACUCGUGUGGUGCAACGCUAUUGAAUGCUGGCUGGGUGCUAACGGCAGCGCAUUGUGUGCGUGGCGCAUUGCCCGAGCAGCUCAAUUUGCAAUAUGGCAGCAAUCGCAUUGAGCGCAAUGCGAGCCGAUUGGUCACGGUUGCCACAAUACAUGUGCAUCCCGGCUAUGAGCCACAGGAUAAAUACAUACACGAUAUUGCACUUCUGCAGCUGACCAAGCCCAUAAUCUUCAACAGAAGUGUGCAGCCGGUGCGUUUGCCAAGUCCCCAACAGCCGACGUUGGCCAACAGCACCGUUUUGCUCGCCGGCUGGGGAUUAAAUGCGACGGGCGGCGUGGUGCAACAGCAGCUGCACAAGGUGGAGCUGCAAGUGUUCAGCGACGAGGAGUGCAGUCGCCGUCACCAGGCUCAGCUCCAUGCCAGCCAACUGUGCGCCGGCGUGCCCGAGGGCUGGAAGGGUCAAUGCAGCGGCGAUUCGGGUGGACCACUGCUGCUGCAUGCAUCAUCAGCAAUGGACACACAAAUUGGCAUUGUCUCAUGGAGUGUGAAGCCGUGCACACGUCCACCCUAUCCGGGCGUAUUCACCGAAGUGUCCGCCUAUGUUGACUGGAUUGUGCAAACGGUGGCCAACAAUCGGCGACCAAACGACAACAAUUCACUGACAACCCAACUCUGGAUUGGAGAGUUGAUAGUUGCUAGAGUGCCGCCGCCACUACAGUAAUAGUGUAUUCAAAAUUCGUUUCCUUUUUUAAUCAUUA